UUGGUUCAGAAAAUCCCCCAUUGCUUUCCCAACCAACAAAACACUUGUUCAACCUGUAACAGGACAAUCUUAAGUCAAUUAUCACCUACUUGUCUCCUCGUCAUCCAGGGACUUUCCAAUGCUAGGGGAAUCCCCAUGUGUCUUGUGACCGUCGCAGAGUCAAUUGAUGUAAACAGACCAGUACUACUAGUGUAGCUAGCACUGCACUGUAUACGCUGCAGCAGUGACGUGUCUAGGGUGUCAGUUUUGUACGUAGAAUGUUCGUUUUCCGUCUAUUUUGUCCUAUUAAGUUGUUUUAGUUGCAUUGCAGUACUGGGGAGGGUGUAACACUGCCAUUUGCUGUACAUCUUGCCAAGAAACUUUCUUUUUCGCCGGAACAUUCUACAUGUACCAGGGCCCCAAGCUAAAAUCGCACGGUUUUAAUCACAUGCGAGCAACAAAGUACAAAGUAUGAGAACGUCAUAAGCAAAACAUGUGACUGCCAAAGUUCAGUCUAAAAAAUUCUACUGCCAAGUAAACACCGUGAUGGGACUGUACCUCGAAAUCAAGACAAACAAACUACCAAGCGUAUUGUUUGCAUGACUUUUAUUACAUCAGAAGAAUUGAAGGUAAAAAAAAACACAUUAGAUAAUAUCUCAAAAUCCUCAUAACGAACAAUUCGAGUGCCAAGAAGUGUAGUAAAAGAUUCAAUUAUGACCGGAUAUCCGGUGGAACUUUUGACAAAUACAGAAAAUGGAACUAUCAAAAACAAAGGCAGAGGGAGGUCCUUUUCAAUGUCAGCAAUCCAGUCAAAAAGCUUCGACGAAAACGACAACGCCAUACCAUAUUCAACCAAGAAGCUACAAAGAAGCCAAUCUCUUAAGGUUUUGGACGUUAGGUCAAUGUCAUGGCAAAGUCGCAUUGCCCGUGCCCGGUCAGAGGACAACAUCCACCGAAAGUCAUCGGAAGGAAUUUCGGAAGAAGUACAGAACAACAACACAGAAAAUGUUGAUGUGAAGAAGUCUACUGUUACUAAAAGUACGACCAAGUCGAAUUCACAGACGCAAAACAAGUUUAAAACGGAAGACGUGUUCAAAAAGACACCGAAGAUAUUGGUGAAUCCUACAAGCAACCAAGCUCAAUUACGGAGACACAUUAAAAAAUCUGAAGUCCGUGGCUCCGUCGAUAAUCGCUGGGAAGACAUAGAGGAGGAGACUUUCGAAAUCGUAGAAACAGCACGCAGAAUGGAUGGUGUACAAAGUGUGCCGUCGUUGUCUCACGGGGUAGGAACUGUUCAAAAUGAAGAAACUAGGACCGCAAAUCGUGCUUUUCCUGACGGGGCCGACAGCUACGAUCGCGGGGAUAAGGGUGGCGAUUGUGCCGUUGUUGCUCAGGAUUCCGAAACCCCAAUUGUUCAAGAGUGUACGCUGGCAUCAGCCAAUGCUUCUGCAUCAACAUCUGCACCACAGGUUCCUCCACAGCCACAAACAGCCGGAUCCGUCCCGUUUGCGUCUGCACCGCAGGUCCCUCCACAGUCACAAACAGCUGGAUCCGUCCCGUUUGUGUCUGCACCACAGGUUCCUCCACAGCCACAAACAGCCGGAUACGUCCCGUUUGCAUCUGCACCACAGGUCCCUCCACAGUCACAGACAACCGGAUUCGUCCCGUUUGCGUCUGCACCACAGGUCCCUCCACAGCCGCAAACAGCCGGAUACGUCCCGUUCAUGCCUGCGAUCGGUUUUCCCCCGGGCUCCUUUCCGCAAGGAGGGUUCCAGUUUCCGCCAGGUAACGUCUACAUCUUCAACGGCUGCAGCAACAUGCAGUUUGGGAACCAGAACACUAUCAACUCCACGCAGCAUCAUGAACACCAGUCUCCUGGAGAAAAAUUUGACAAUCUGAACGAAGGAAUCAUGCGGAUGCUGAUGAACCUGGCGGACGACCCACAAAAAGAACGGGAGAUGGUCAACGACCUACAGGACGAAGACAAGCGUAAAGAUUUUGUCAGUGGUCUUAAGGAGUUUGGCACGCAGUUGAAGAGUGCUAGAGAAGGCUGCGUCCUCCUCGACUUUGAGAUGUCCAAAGACCCAGAAGAACGUUUGCGCUUUCUGCGUUCCUGCCAAAGCGGGGAGUUUCAAAGGUUUAUCCAGGACCAUUUGCUGUCCCGGUACGUCGAGGACCCAAAGAAGAUAUCGAUGGUCCUGUGCUUCAGCAUCGCGUCCAUCACAGACACGGAGUGUGGAGAAAUGGCGUUCAACUUCAACUUGCUUCAAAGUGGCCCAGGUGUCACCAUGUCCGGAGGUUUGGAGGGUCUGCGGCAGUAUGCAGCUUUGUCCGGUCUUAAGUGUAACGGUAGCGAUGUGUCAAACCAGUGCGGUCCCCAGUGGGUUAUUGACGACAACUUGGACCCAGCCCAGCGCGAUGCACUACGGCUGCAUUUAUCAAACGCACAGACCUCAACAGGAGAAGUGUCUACUAUCGGAGGCCAGUCGACGAUGUCCGCGAUCGCAGAUGUUUUACAGCGACCCGUGCGACUGAUCACUGCCCUCGAGAACAGCUUCGUGGACAUCCUCAUCCUCCCAUCGCAGAACCUCAGCUCUUCCGGUCCCGAGGUCCCUGUAGUGAUCGGAGUGUACGAUAAAGACCACUACGUCCGGAUCGACUACGUCACACCAGAGGUACCUCUACAAGUGACAACAUCUAGCGGUGCGGACCUCCACUCUGACGGCCACACAGACCGUGCACCGCAAGAAGAAGAAGGAACUACAUGGGAAAAGACAGACAAUGGACACGCUCUCCGAUUCAAUACGACCAUCAACGAUCUUACAAGACAGACGCGCGUCCCAGACAAGACAGACUCGCGAUGGGCCUCCCUAACCACUACGACCUUCUCCGACUGCACGGUGAGUCUCAAGAACACAGAAGACCCGCUGUGUCUUGAAGUGCGCACUCAAAACAUGAAGCAAGAUCUAACAUCUCUUGAGAGAGUCCUUACCCUAUUCCCUCAACGCUAUAAAGUGGCAAAGGUAUGCCUUAGUGGGAACAACCUACGGCAAAUACCGGACGGAAUGGCCCUCAUGCCGAUGCUAAAAUGCCUGGCAGCACAGAAGAACAAGUUGACGAAAAUCCCGGCCAGUAUUCCAGACCUUACCAACCUCACCGUGGUAGACUUCAACCGCAACCAUUUCACAAAGUUUCCCGAAGGUCUCCAGUUCCUUCCGCUGUUGAAGAAGGUCUACCUCUGCUUUAACAAGAUCAAAUCCAUCCCAGUCGGUGUUCUGUCUAAGAUGCAGAACCUCAAGGUGCUGGCCGUUGAUAAGAAUCGUCUUAAAGGUAUGCCCAAAGACAUCGUCGAAUGCAACAACCUUGCGGAGUUGCACAUCAAAGGAAACCCUCUUAGCAGCUUGCCCAGAAUGGUGUUCAGUAUGCCCAGUCUAAACCUACUAGGGGUUGACAGAAAUGUGUGGGAAGGAUUUCUAAAACACAACGACGAUACGAGGUACCGUCCAUCCUUUAACGUAUGCUUCGGCAGAUGCCAACACAUGAACUAUGACAGGGAAGAGGACCUAGCCGAAGCAACAGACAACGCCAUUCAAAAGGCAGUGGACAAGGAAAGGAGCCUAGUACAAGAGAAAAAUCUACCGGAAAAGCGAUCCCUAAAAGAGGAGGAAGAGAAACCUAAACAGGGAUGCACGGAACAGGAUCAAGAAGAGACGCCUAUCUCCCCAUCAGCUGACAUCAGCCUUACAACACACGUUUCCAGCAUGGACGACUACAACAGCACUUACCGAAGGUCCAUCGAAGACCCGGCGGAGUUCUGGCGAGAGAUCUCCGAAGAGUUCCACUGGGAGACCGGUCCGAAAGGAAAAUUCGUCGAGCACAACUUCGACCCCAACGUUGGUGAGGUUUUCGUAAGAUGGAUGUCGGGAGCGACAACUAACAUCACCUACAAUCUCCUAGAGAAGAACAUUCGAGAGAAGGGUCUUCGGUCUACCAUAGCGUUACAGUGGCAAGGGGACGACGACAAAGAAACAAGACAAGUGACGUACGGCCAGUUGAAGAGCCUAGUUUGUCGCGCAGCUAACAUGCUGAAGGCCAAGGGAAUCAAACGAGGCCAUAGAGUGAUGAUCUACAUGCCGCAGACGAUAGAACAGGUUGUAGCCAUGCUAGCGUGUGCACGUAUCGGCGCCGUCCACUGCGUUGUCUAUGGAGGGGCUACGGCAGAGUACCUUGCCGACCGGGUGAAGGAUUCGAAGUGUACCGCCAUCAUCACCGCUGACGUUGCCCGUAAAGACGGCGGUAGCCAGCCCGUGAAGACUGAGGUAGACAGAGCGUUGAAAAUCUGCGAUAAACAACACUUCGUGAAGUCUUGUAUAGUCGUGAGGCGUUCUGGAGACGGGGAGCGGGACGGUGGGACGAAGUCGGCCGGGACGCAAGAGAGGAACGUCCCGUGGUGUGACGGAAGGGACUACUGGUGGGAUGAAGAGAUGGAGGGGGUGGAGGACGAGUGUGAACCGGAGUGGAUGGAUGCUGAGGAUCCCCUGCUCAUCCUCUACACAAGUGGUUCUACAGGCUCACCAAAAGGAGUCAUCCACACCGUCGGCGGCUACAUGAUGUACACGGCAACCACCUUCAAGUACGUAUUCGACUGUGGAAACGUGAGAGACAAAGUCCACUUCUGUACCGCAGACCUGGGCUGGGUGACCGGGCAGAGUUACGUCAUCUACGGCCCGCUCCUGAACGGCGUCACCACGGUCCUACUCGAGGGCGAUCCCCUCAAAGACAACAGGAUCGUAACCAUGGUGACGAAGUACCACGUCACCAGCCUCUACACCACGCCCACCGCCAUACGUCAUAUGAAGGCGACUAGCGAUCCUGGUAAGAACUACAAGCUGGAUACACUCCGUGUCGUCGGUACCGUUGGUGAACCGAUCGCGAAAUCAACAUGGCGGUGGUACCGGAGUACGAUCGGAAGCGACCACUGCUCCGUAGUCGAUACGUACUGGCAAACGGAAACCGGCGGGCACGUCAUGACACCCCUCCCGGGAGCAACCCCGAUGAAGCCCGGGUCAGCUACGCUUCCGUUCUUCGGGGUUGAACCGGCCGUUCUCUCCGACGACGGGACGGAGAUGGUUGGACCUUGCGAGGGACACCUGGUCUUCAAGUCACCAUGGCCGGGGAUGAUGCGAGGAAUCAACGGGAAGCCGGAAAAGUUCGCCUCCUAUUUUGAACAGUUUCCCGGCUACUACUACACAGGGGAUCGGUGUCGCCGUGACGGAGACGGGUACUACCGGAUCCUCGGGCGGCGGGAGGAUAGAGUCAGCAUCCCAAGCGCCAUGGGGCAGGUCUUCAACCAACUGGACGUGGAGGCAACACUUCUCCAGCAUCCAGACGUGGAAGAAGUUGCAGUAGUCACAACAGACCCUGCAGACGACAGUGGAGGCGGCUCCAGCGGUACCAGCAGCGCCGGAUACGACAACUGGUACAUUUUCGUCAAACUCCGCCAGACGGCGUGCGUGAGCUUGACCGAAACGAUCUUCAGCACCCUUCGCGACAUGCUGGCUACAACGUUACACAUCUUUACCCCACCCAGCCAUAUGCACUGCGCGAGCGAGUUACCCAGAACUUGGUCGGACAAGGUGCUCAGGCGACUGUUGCGUAAGGUUGUGCUCAAUGACCAUGACCUUGGUGACUUUCACGUCGUGGCCAAUCUGAAAUCACUCACCACGCUUUUCAGGCAGUGCCGUGAUAUGCAGAGUUCAUGUGAGUCUAUCGAUAUGUUUACAAAGCCAAGAUCCAUGCCAUCAUAAACAAAACGUGAAAAAAAUGUUUUAUUGUGUAUUGAUCUGUGGAAAAGGCAUGCCAUUAAAAGAAAAUGAAGAAAUACCAAGACAUGAAAAUUCCAUGUCACGGAAAGUUUAAUCUUAUGCCAAAACCAUGUUAUCUUUCAAACAAAUACUUGGGUUAAACAAAUUACAUUUCAAUGCAUAGCUGACCAAUUCAAAACCACGCCACCAUGAAAGAAGUACAGAGGCAUGGAUUUUCGUUUCAUGUCAGACGCGAUUUGUUUGCAAAAGCGAAAAUUGUGUCAUCAUAAAAAA